CCAUGCAGGUACAGUGGCUCCCAUAUGACAGAUACGGUGAGUCUAAAGGAGCAGACAACAAAAAUAUACAAGGGCUACAUAGCGAACAUAACAAAUACAACUGUUUAUUAUGGAUUCUCAUGACAAUUAAGUUGGCAUACACUACGCAGUGUAUGUGAAUUGACGCUUUUUACUCUCGCACGCAAGUUUUGACAUGGUUUCGGCUUAACAGUGAAGAAGGUGGACUUUGUAACAUUUAUUGCGCAAGUAAUAAAUUGAACUACUCAAACGAAUAAAAAAUCUAAGAAGCUAGAUAUCAUUGUGAAGGCAGCAAAAUGCUUUCUGGAUCUCCAGGACAGGCGAAAUUGUUACAGGGAAUACUGAAUGAAGAGGCCACCCCUCCCAGGUUCCUGAGCCCGUGUAGGGAUCUGAAUAUACCUUUUAAUCCGACUGAAGGAGUAAAGUUUUUGUUUACUUUAGACAUUUAGAAGUAUCUUUUUUCACCUUUCCCUUAUCCCUGUUAUUUUGAGUAAACGUUUAUCAGUUUUCACCCCAUCCAGUAGAUGGCAGACCGCCAGAAUACCAUAGAAGGAAAAGCUUCCUGCCUUCGGUUCUGCUUCUGCGUACAAUCAUUUUUGUGUUAGGAAGUCUUGUGUACUUGUCGAAAUGGCCGAGGGUGAUAUCGAGGAAUUCAUUGAACAAAACAGGCAUUUGUCCGAGCUUGUAGAUACAUAUCGUGGUAUCUCCGAAAGUGAAAAACAUUGGAAGGCCAGGAGGGCCUUCCUAUUCAGAAAUAUAAACGACUUUGAGGACCCACACAUUGAUCAGCUGCUUGCUUUGUCCAUGGUAUGGGCCAACAACGUGUUUCUUGGCUGUCGAUACAGUCCAGACCUCUUGGAGAAAGUGAAUGAAAUGGCCGAAGGAAUUGUUGUGGAGGAUGCCCCUGUUUUCAAAACCAGAGAUGAGAUCAUGAAAAAUCAGAAACGAUGAAUGGAUGGAUGACCUGCUCCGUUAUGGAUGGAUUACGUUACUGUCCAACUUUACUCAGCUGCAUAUGGUUUUAAGAUGUUAUUUUAAUAACAUGCAAGCUUCUUGUUUUUAAUUUUUUUGUGUAUUACAACAUGUAACACAAGCUAAACAUUUUAUACAUUAAAAUAAUUUUAGGUGA